AACUCACCGGGCGGCGGGGAACCGUGCAUCACGGCUACGCUCGCACGCGCCCACCACGCGUCGCCGCGAUGAACCAACAAGCUCAAGAGGAGAUGCAGCUGGCUUUGAGAGCUAUAUAAUCGCCAUCGCAGGCGCCGCGAUGCUCCUUCACCACCACCACCCACGACUGGUGACAAACCGCCCGCGAAUCGCCCACCACGCAAGCCACUCCAGCCACAAGACGAGUCAGCACCCAACAUGACGGAAGCCACCCUACAAGCCACCCGCUCCACCCCCUCGCCCAAAUUCGCCGCCCUCGAAUCCGCAGCCCUCGCCUUCAUCGCCGCGCAAUCCCACACGCCCCACCUCCCUACGCCCCUCGACCACGCUCUCCUGCGCCGCCUCGUCACACUCUCCUACACACACACCUUUGGCCCCAGCUACGCCGUCUCACAGAGCCCCAAGCUUCAAGGCUCCUUCAGCAUUGACGCGUUCAUUGCACACACGGGCGGUCUAGCGCCGUGGCUUGAAGGGUGGGAGAUCAGGGUUAGGGGCGUGGUGGUGGAUGAGGCGAGGGAGUGUGUGGUGGUGAGGGCGGGGUAUGGGAUGGAUGUUGCGGGGGAGGUGGUGGAGAAUGAGGUGGUGUGGUGGUUGGAGUUUGAGGAGGGAGGGGGAGAGGCAGAGUGGAUGGUUAAGAGGAGCACGGAGAUUGUGGAUGGGAUUGCGGCGGGGAGGAUCAAGGAACUGGUGGUGGUGAAGAAGGGUGAUGCGGUGGUGGCUGGCUAGUUGAGUGGAAGCAUGCUGCUGUACUGCAGCAGUAAGCAAUUGGGAAAACAGAUACGUCGUGAAUCGUGUCGAUGAGGAAUCUAGGUCUAUGUAUGCCCACAUACGCCAAAGUCGCUCGUUCCGCCGCCCAAUGCUGCCGGUAUCGUGAUGUCGUGAACUCAUCUCCACACGCCUACGCCUCGUCCUUGGGCUCCGUGUCCGCGCGCCAGCUGCACGUCUUGCCCGCCUUCUUCCACAGCUCCUGUCUCUCGCGGAAUACCGCCGUAGUCCACGUCUUGAUCUCCGGGCUUUGGAUCUUCUGCGCCACCCAGGUA